AUGGAUGCUGAUAUGCAAACACCGCUUGAUUCGGCAACUCCUCCACCUCUUCCUGGUAGUAAAAAUAUCAAGAAAGCGAUACCAACAUUAGAUUUUGAAACUAUAGGAUCAGAUAUGGUUGGACGGGAACAACGAUUAGGAUUUCAAGAGCGGAUAAACUUGAUAUUGGAUCGUGAAUGUACGCCGAUUCUUUACGUUUAUUUUGCUGGUACUGCUAUACUUGGCGUUAUUACUGUGGGUAUUGUUGUUAUUAUUGGUUUACAAUGUAAUUGGAAUUUUAUUGCUGUAGAAUGA